AUGAAGAUCACCGCCCUCGCCUCCCUCAUGACCGCUGGUCUCCUCGCCACCGGCGCCCACGCACACACCCGCGUCUACGGUGUCUGGGUCAACGGCGUCUUCCAAGGUGAUGGCCGUGGCGUCUACGUCCGCUCCCCGCCCAACAACAACCCCGUCAAGGACAUCACCAGCAGCGCCAUCAACUGCAACGUUGCCGGUACCAGUGCCGUUGGCGGCUCCGUGACUGUUGCGACUGGUGCUACGUUCGAGUUCGAGUGGUACCAUGAUGUGAGGAGUGAUGAUAUCAUUGCUGCUUCCCACAAGGGCCCCGUCCAGGUCUACAUCGCCCCCGCCUCCAGCAACGGCAACGGCGCCGUCUGGACCAAAAUCGCCUCCGAGGGCCUCAGCGGCGGUGUCUGGGCCGUCGACAAGCUGAUCGCCAACAAGGGCCGCCACAGCGUCACCAUCCCCAGCUGGCUCAAGGCCGGCGACUACCUGAUCCGCGCCGAGAUCAUUGGCCUCCACGAGUCCGAGGUGGCCUACAGCGCCAACAGUGCCCGUGGCGCACAGUUCUACCCUUCGUGCACGCAGAUUAAGGUUACUGGUAGCGGUACUACUUCGCCGUCGCAGAACUAUGCAAUCCAGGGAGGCUAUUCGUAUUCUGAUGAGGGUAUUGUGUUCAACCUUUACUUCAACCCCUCAGGUACUUACACUGCUCCUGGUCCGGCCGUCUGGAGCCCGGGUGCGGCGAAGAAGGCGAGAAGCUUUGAGGCUUAG